AUGUCUGGGGGCAUCGAAGCUCUACAGUUAAAGGAAGAAGAUGUUACAAAGCUACUUGCUGCUGGAGUCCAUCUGGGUUCCAGCAAUGUGGACUAUCAAAUGGAAAGUUACGUUUUCAAACGAAAACCUGAUGGUAAGAAAAACUUGUGCAAGUGAUUGAUGUUUUUGUUCCAUGCACAUAAUCAGAGUGGAUAAUAUACAGAGUCUCACAAGCUUGUAGGUUGAAAAAGUAUCAUACCAUGCCACCUAGUUAAAAUUGAUGUACAAAUAAUUUGUAAUAAUUAUUAUUGCAUUGGUUAGGUUCUAAGGCAUUGUGUCAGUACUGUGUUUGUUGCCCAGUCUCUUGAAGAUUUAAGCCUAGUAUGUUAUGCAACUGGGUAAGUACUGAAAAUGAAUUUAAUAGAAGAGUUAUUUUAAUACUUUUCCUAGGUGUUCACAUCAUCAAUUUAAGAAAGACUUGGGAGAAGCUGCUCCUUGCAGCUCGUAUCAUAGUGGGCAUUGAGAAUCCUGCUGAUGUGUGUGUGAUUUCUGCCAGGCCUUAUGGACAGGUAAAUUUAGAACAUUACACAGGGUUGGUACAGUGUCUUGAAUUCUUGAAAAAAGUCUUGAAAUUUGCGCAAAAAUUUUCCAGACCUGGAAAAAGUCUGGAAAAUGUAGUUUAAGUGUGGAAAAAUGGCAAAAAGUCCAGAAUUUUUUUUUCAAAGCUCUAACAAGUACUUUGGAAGAGAAAUUUUUUUCUUUUUGGUCAAAUCUUAUUCAAUCUCGGCCGUAUGUUUGCAGCACACCAUGAAAAUAGCUUUGUUCCCUGUGUUUUUAAGGUCUCUAUUGAUCACCCAUUUGAUAACCUUGGUCUAGAAAAAUAAAUUAUUGUUUUGAAAAAAGUCGGGAAAAAGUCUUGAAUUCUGGAUCCUAAAAUCUGUAUGAACCCUGAUUACAGUGCUUACUCAAUUGGUGAUUGGCCUAAGUCUGGUGUUAGUCAUAGAUUUUGUAGCAUUAUCCUCAUAGUGAGGGUAACUCAUAUGAAGAAUGGACUGUUUCUGGUUUCAUGUACUGUAAAACAUGAGUAGAUGGCGUUCAUGAGACGAUCUUUAGAUGGUGCAAACCAACAAGUAUUUUUUGAGGUUGCUUAAAUACUUGUCGGUGAAGUCAGUGUCUGUGUCUUGGUUUAAUUCUUUUCUUGGUUACCUUUAAUUUGCAUUUGUUUUAAACUGAUUAACAUAGAUCUAUGUUGUGCUUCAUUUUUAUCGUUGGUUUAAAUUUUAUUUUCCAUUGUUUCUGACUCAUUAAUAUGGUAAUGUAUGAUAAUGAGCCUGAAACAAUUAUCCAUGAACAAAAGAGAAUAAAAUUUAAACCAAGGAUAAAAUUGAACCACAACAUAGAUGACCACAUUGUAUACAAAGACGAAGAGAAAAAAAGCCAAGCUGGAUAAAAUUACAACAGGACCAUUAAUUCCUGCCUUUCAAAGUGUUUGUGAGGGGGAUCUUCAAGAUUUCGUUCACAUCUUGGGCAUUAUGAAGAAGUAUUUAAAAUGGUCAGUUUAAGUCUUGUUGAUAAUGUAUCUUUGAUAACAGAAACACAAGAAAUUGGGUUCAUCAACUGAAUUGAUAAGGCAGAUUAGCCAAUGACUCUAGGGGAUCUCAAUCCCCCUAUGGUGGCCAACAAGCCAUUUUGGGGUAAACGAACUAAUGUUGUGUUAUGUUGGUAUUUGAUAGCGUGCUAUUCUAAAGUUUGCAAGCCACACUGGAGCUACAGCUGUGGCGGGACGCUUCACGCCGGGUACCUUUACCAAUCAAAUUCAGGCAGCUUUCAAGGAACCACGACUGCUUGUUGUUUGUGACCCACGCACUGACCAACAGGUAAAAAACAUUCAAAUUCAUAGAAGGCAGUUAACAUCAAGUUAAUUAUGCCUUUAUUUAGAACUGAUUUCUUCCUUUUCGUUUAAUUAUGGGUUUUGAGUACCUUUUGUUUAAAUUUUUAAUGGCACUUAAUUUUGCAAUUUCAAAAAAUUUUCCAAGACUCCCAACAAAAAUAAAAUGAUGCCUUAUCUGCUCCUCUUCCUUCUUAGGAUUGACGCUAUUCAGUUAUGAAAACAUGUUGUCUUGAACACUUUGAUAAAAUAAUAAUACCCUGUUAACCUUUGAAGUGUAAGGUUGUGUUUCUUCUCAAAUAAACAUGUUCACCAAACUUUUAAAAAUUACAACUUUAGGUCAUAUUCAAGGCGUAAUGGAAUAUUAAUGAUCCUUUAUGACUGAUCAGACUGCACCAAAACAUUGAUUCAUUUGAAGCAAGAAGUGCAAUAUUUUAGAGUGACUUAUGUGUAAUAAUAUACUUCGAGAACAUGAAUUUAGGAGUGGUGAGUAGGAGUGUUGCACCUAUUUCCUUGGUAUCUGAUACUAGUAACUAUAUUCUUCACAGCCCGUAACUGAAGCAUCAUAUGUGAACAUCCCAGUUAUUGGAUUCUGCAACACAGACUCUCCACUCUGCCAUGUGGAUGUAGCAAUCCCAUGCAACAACAAGGGUGCUCAUUCUGUCGGUCUCAUGUGGUGGUUACUGGCAAGAGAGGUCUUGCGAAUGCGUGGUAGCAUCAGCCGUCAGCAUCCUUGGGAUAUCAUGCCAGAUCUGUACUUCUACAGGGAUCCAGAAGAUGUAAUGAUAAAAAAAAAAAUAUUUGUUUAUAAGCAACAUAGGCAAUGAUUUGACAGUGUAUGAACCAGUUCGUGAGUCGGUUAGUGGCUCUUGUGGAUUCUCUCAUGAAUGGCAUGUCCCUUCAAAAGAACAGUGGAAAAGGCAACAGAAACAAGCCCCCUUGUCCCCAAAACACCUGCAACUGCUAAAUUUCGUGAUCAGAAAGUACAGUUCAUGGGAGCUGCAUGUCUUUUCUGUUCACUUGAAACCAAUCACUAUUUCAGUUCAAUGUAGGAAGUCAGUUUAACAAAACUUUGAGGCCAGAGUUAGCUAAAUUUGAACUGAAUUAAGCAACAGCACACUCAGGGCAGGAACAACAAACUACAGUGAAACCCCACCUUAUGGCCACCUCAUUAAUAUGUUCACCUCUUGCUUACAGCCACUUUUUUUGGCUGCUUGGUAAAACGGUCAUACAUUUUCUUGUUAAAAAUCUCGUUAGUACAGGCACCUGUUAAUACAGCCAAAGUUUUUUGGCCCUUUGGUGACCAUAUUAACAGGGUUCCACUGUAAUUUAAUAACCAACUGUUACUGGCAUUUCGGAAGAAGGUACAAGGAUAAUUAGGUUUACCUAAACUAGGAAAUAAAUUUAUUGUAUUCUGAAGUGUGGCAUAAAAUCAGUUCAUUCUUUUCGUCAUCAGGUUGAGAAAGACGUUAUGGAACGGGAACAAGAAGAACAGGUGCAGCCAGCCACCACCUAUGCUAGUGAUUGGGCUGGUACAGUUGAUCAGGGUGCUGGAGAGGUUAGUAGUGGUGCAGUCACUUUCUUAACCCCUUCAAGUCCCAAGAGUGAUCAACAUCAAUAUUUUCUCUUCACAAUAUCAAUACAUUAUAAAAAGAAAAGGUUAUGAGAUUUAAUAGCAUCAUCGCCUCAGGGAAAAUGCUCUGAUCUUUUAUCAAACUCUCUCAACUAAUUCGUUAAGGAAAUGUAUGGAGAUCAGUCUGGAGAAUUUGUAUGUGGAUAUUGGGGCUUAAAGGGUUUAUUAUUAUCGGGGACACUCUGGAUCAAUUCCAUAGUCGCAGGGUUCAAAAAACUCCUUUGAGGACAUCUACCUUAAAGGGGGAACAUGCAUUUACAUUCAUACCCAAAUAGACUGCAAAGGGUCUGCAAGUCUGUAAUAAGGAGCCAUAGUAAUUUGACUGAAAUUAGUUCAGUCAAAUGCCUGUAAUUCUUGCUGAGGAUGCAGGUGCUGUCUUUAGUAGCAAAGCCUUAUCCAGACAUGAGAGAACAAAGCAGAAAAAAAGGGAAUGCUAUGCUCCCUACUUUGAGCCACUCCCAUCUAUAUGAAUACUCAGAAUAAGUUAUUAUUAGCUGUGAGAUCUUUGCAGGUGAGAGCUGACCUGGUAGUGGUCAAUAAAAGCUGGCAAACUUAAAUAAAAGGCAUCCAAAGCUUAGAUUUGUACUUGUUUGCAUUUUUCUUGAAUUCUAUUUCUUUUGUUUCCAGUGGGGUGCUGAGCAGAUGGGAGUUCCAGCAGUCCCAUCUGGUGUGGUUGGUGGUGAGGAUUGGGGUGCCUCCACCAAGGAAUGGGGCAGUGAAGGUCCUGCUGCUCCAUCAAAGGACUGGGCAGAUGUCCCAGUCCCAAGCAAGGACUGGGGUGACCCUGCACCCAAAGAGUGGGGAGCUGAAGAGGUGCAACCAAGCAGUGACUGGGGUACAUCUGUGGCAGAUGCAACCAGUGGAGGAGCUGAAUGGGCAUGAUUUGUUGACUAAAAGCUUACUGACUGUAACACUUUGAAAGAACGAAAAUAAACUCGUUCCCAUGUCUCAAUACUGGCAUCUGUUACUAAUUUGAAUUUAAUGCAUCUUCUUUCCCUUAAUGUAUGUUUUUAUGGAAACCGAUCUUUUCGAUACAAACUCAAGCAUUAAAACUGUACAAUGAAUUUCGUUCAAUUCAAUGCAGUUUGUGCAUGAACAAGAGAAGCACUUAGGGUUGAUAUUCCUCUUUCUUUAAAGUAAUUUUACUUGACCUGUAAAAUGGGGUAAAAACUAGGGCUAAUAGCCACAAGUAAGCAAGAGAAGACAAUAGAAUUAGUGCAUGAUAGCACGUAGUAUCACGCUUAUGGGUUAAGUAAAAUCACUUUAAGCCAAGGACUUGAACCUAUUUUAUGCCUUGACUGAAUCAACU